UCGUGUUGUCAAAAAAUUGCAAAAUAGUGUUCCAGUCAGAUUUUGCGAAAUUUUGUUUAGAAAAUUAUUCGUUUCGGGCGAUAACAAUGAAAUAAACAUGAAAGAGGAACGUGUCACGGAAUAUUGAGGAUUGCUCUGUGUUAGUACGAGCAGCGAAUCGGUACCCUUUGAAGUUUAACUUGUUUAUAAUAGUCUCACCAUGGAUGGCACUUGGGUGUUAAUUUUACUUGCUCUGGUGAUGCUGGUAGGGUCCUAUGUGGCUGGAAGUAUCCCUCUGAAUGUCAGCAUGUCAGAGGACAAACUUCAAAAGGUGACAGUAUUCGGAGCCGGCCUGCUAGUGGGCACAGCAUUGGCCGUGAUCAUCCCCGAAGGCGUUCGGUCACUGUUCAGCGAGCGAUCGUUGCCUACGAUAGUGACCAAAGACUACACAGCCGAACCGCCGGGCCACGAUGACGAUCUGCAUUCCGUUAUUGGGAUAUCUUUAGUGUUAGGUUUUGUAUUCAUGUUGUUGGUCGACCAAAUGUCCACGCGUUACAACGAUUCAUCAAAUCCAGUCGAAAAGAAUGUCACGGCUACAGUAGGACUAGUUGUCCACGCAGCUGCCGACGGUAUAGCGUUAGGCGCGGCCGCGACUACUUCUCACGCGGACGUCGAGUUGAUAGUUUUUCUCGCUAUCAUGCUGCACAAAGCGCCCGCUGCCUUCGGGCUUGUCACUUUCUUACUGCACGCCGGGCUGGAGAGGAACCGAAUCCGCAAACACCUGCUGAUAUUCUCGUGCUCGGCGCCGCUACUGGCUCUGCUCACCUACUUCGGAAUCGGCAACGAGAGCAAACAGACUCUCAGCGACUUCAACGCGACCGGUAUCGCCAUGCUAUUUUCAGCAGGGACAUUUUUGUACGUGGCAACAGUUCACGUGUUACCAGAACUCACACACUCACACUCGCACUCGCACACACACACGCUGCUGCCUGUCCAAGAUGGCGGCCAACCGAAACGGGGCUUUGGCGGGCUACAGUUCUGCGAAAUGAUAAUUCUAACUGUUGGGGCUUUGAUGCCCCUGCUAUUGACGAUGGGCCAUAAGCAUUAGCGUACGAUUUGAGUGUGAAACCCAAAGAAACCGCACGUUUAAUAUUGAAGUGCGAUAAGUAAAAAAAACUGUUUUUUGAAUUUCUAAAGUGUGUUAACUCAAAAAAUCGUUUCAAUAAACUCAUUUUUUGAGUUAAGCUUUACUUGCCGGGAUAGAAUAAAAAAUUGUUCUUAAAAAAUAUUAUAAUUUUUUAAACUGUUUUAUGUUUUGUCAGCUUUGACAUUUCGUACUGUCAACAAUCAACAUGUAAAAAAGUGGUGAAAAAUGUUGGUUUUUUUAAAGAAAAUUAUUAUUUGUGUGAUUUGGUUUCUGGGUUUGGUUCGAAAUGUUUUGUAUUCUUUAUUUACUUUCUUGUAUUAUUUUAUUUUUUCUUCGCCAAGGCCAACAAUUUUUUACUUGAUUUCUGAUGCAUUUUCUCAUCAAUUACCGGAUGCAAUUUAUUAAACUGAUUAGUGCCAAUAGUUACCGACGCGAAAGAUAUUUUAUUAAAAUUAUCACAUUUACAAUAAAAAUAUCUAGGUUGAAAUGAAGUAUGUUCACAAUUAAAAUAUACCGGAUUGAAAUAUAGUAUUUUGUUAAUCUGUUCAUGGGUUCAUUUAACCCUUAGACAAACAGUAUUAACAAAAUCAUUACCAAAUCGUAAUUGUUUUAAUGAUAAUAAGUUUUUGUUAAAAAAAGGCUUUUUAACAAAAAAAUGUUCUUUAAAAUUAACUUAAACUGUAUGUAGUGGCCAAACUGUCAAAAAAUGAUGUCAAAUAAAGAAUUUUAAUAAAGAAAACAUAGUCAUCGUUUGCUUGUGUUCGAAAAAAGUCACUGCGUUUGAAAAUAAAUGGAUAUGACUCGUUUUUUUGUUUAUUUUCACGUUUUUAUUUACUUUUAUAUGAAUUUUAUAAGUUAAAGUUAAAUUGUGCUUAAAUAAAAACUGCAAUAUGAAAUAUCCUUUUUAUACAUAAAGUACAUGCUGUGUGUAUAUUUUUAUAUUAUACGUGUAGAUUUUUGUAAUGUAGUUAAAAAUAAAAGUAAUAAUAAUAGAACAAUAUUUAUGGAAAUGUUAAAAAAACGGACAAAAAAGAGUGAGCAUUAUGAAAAAGAUUUAGGAUAAUAAUAUUUUUUUUUAUUUCUAUAAACAUUGAUUAAAAUCUUAAAAACGCCAGAAUGUAAAAAAUUAAUUUUCUGUCAAUAAUUUUGAGCCUUUUAGAGUUCAAAACUCGUUUUAUUUUCAGUAUAUUAAAAUAGGUAAUGGUUACACACGAAUUUAUUUCAUUUUAUUUCUUUACAAAUUAGUUAUUAUUAGUUUUAACUAGUAUAAAAUAAACGCAAUGAUUAUUUAGGUUAAAAAAAAAUUUGGACAGUGUUUCUUAACUUUUAAAAAUUUUCGACGCCCGUAUUUACAAACACUACUACACGUCUCACAGUGCGCGUAGACGCACAGGGUCACACACGAACCAAUCACAGAGCUCUAUUCAACGCUGUGCGUUCGAUUUGCUGCUUCACUUAAGCAUCGUUUGUGAAUACGGGCGUGAGAAACACUGAAAAUAAUAUAUCAUUCCAAAAGGCACCUAAUAAUAUAGUGAAAUUUGCUAGUAUGUUCCUAAGGUGUAUGCGAGUGUAUAAAUUGUUGAUUUUUAUA